GAGUAGGAGUAGCCCUAUUCUGGAAUUGUAAUUUCCAUGAUAUUGCUGUCCCAAACAGUCAUUUCACACCAUUCCAUUCCAAACCCAUUCUCUUCCCCUUUCUCUCUUCUCCCUCUCCCUCUUCCUCCGUCGCCGUCACUCCACUCCUCUCACUAUGCAAAACAUCCACCGUUUCUUAACCGCCACAAGAACCCUCGCCACCGAAAACCACCGUCACUUCCUCCCGUCGCGGCUCUUCUCAACCGGAGAUUGGGGCGACACGCCUUCGUCAUGGUCCACCGGCCUGACCAACGACCACUUCAACGGCGAGAAAUCGCGGAUGGCACUCUCCGAUCUGCAGGAGAUGGAGGACAAGGUGGUCGAGCUGGAAGCGGAGAACAAGAAGAGCAAGGCGUUCGUCGACGGCUGGAAGGGGAGAAUGGCGGAGACGUGCGUGUUGCUGAAGCAGGUUCAGGAGCCAGGUGCGAGAGGCUCGUAUCUGAAGGAUAGUGAGAAAGCGGAGAUGUAUCGGUUGCAUAAGAAGGACCCUGAGGUUUACAAUGUGGAGAGGCUCGCUAAGGAUUAUAGGAUCAUGAGGCAGAGGGUUCAUGCCAUUCUUUGGCUUAAGGAGCUUGAGGAAGAGGAAGAGAAGAAGCUCGGUCGGAAGCUCGAUGAUUCCGUUGAGCUCUUGCUCGACACUUUCCCUGAAUUCUUUAUUUCCCAUGAUAGGGAGUUCCAUGUUGCAUCUCUUCCUUAUAAACCUGACUUUAAGGUGAUGCCUGAGGGGUGGGAUGGCAUUACCAAAGAUUUGGAUGAAGUUCAUUAUGAAAUCUCCAAGAAGGAGGAUGAUAUGCUUUAUCGAGAAUUUGUUGAGAAGAUGAACUUCAACAAAAUGAAAAUGGCUGGAGAGGUGAAAGUCCACAAAAAUAGUCGACGACGCCCCUCAGCUGGAUGGACUUUUACAGUAGAGAAAAUGGGACCCAAAGGGAAGCGUGGAGGUGGUGGGGGUUGGAAAUUUGCUAGCAUGCCAGAUGGAUCAACCCGACCACUCAAUGAGAUGGAGAAAAUGUAUGCCACACGAGAGAGUCCACGCAGGCGACGCAGAAUCCUUCCUUGAUUACAUUUACGGUUUUUUUUUUUGAAUUUUUUUACUAGCUGUUUUUUUGGACAACGACUAGCUGUUAAAAUUAGAUAUCUUGUAGUUGGGCAUUCAGUGGCUUGAGAUAUACAGAUGUAUUGUUAAUUUCUAUCCUUUCUUUGGGGUGGUGGGGGUAGUGAAUUGUCCCAUACUUUGACAACCUGAGACUUUUUGAUUUAUUCUCAUAUGGCGGCAUGCACAGUAUUGUUAAGAAGUAAGAUCCUCUUUGUUAUCAAGAAAGAGGUCACUAAUUUAAAUGCACGAACCUUAAUAAGAUGUACUUUAAGUUAUGCCAGUA